GUGACAAUGGGCGAUGGACAAUACGUUAUUGUCAAUUACACAAAGAGAUUUAAAUCAGUGUUUACACAGCGUUAAACGCAGGCAGUGUCCUUUCAAUCAAUUUGUUUCCCGACGCAGUCUAUUUUCAUGAUGCCUCAAAGUGAGCACGUCAAAAGGCCGAUGAAUGCGUUCAUGGUAUGGUCCAGAAUGCGCAGAAAACGUAUUUCGCAAGAUAAUCCCAGACUUCAUAAUUCAGAGAUCUCAAAACUGUUAGGCGUCGAAUGGAAACUUUUGUCAGAGUCAGAGAAGAGGCCCUUUAUUGAUGAAGCAAAACGAUUAAGAACACAACACAUGCUGGAACAUCCAGAUUACAAAUACAGACCAAGAAGAAAGCCUAAGGAAAUGAUCAAAAACUUUAAUCCGAAUUACGCGGAUCCUCAAAAUAGUUUAAACAGAAACUUUUAUCAACAAAAUGAAAAUUUGUGUACCUUGCCAUACCAGCCCUUAGAACCACCGAAAUUAAAUAUUGCUCAUCAACCUUAUACACUAUCGUUAACCAUCCCACCACCAGAGAGAAUAUCUUUGACUUAUCAGGAAACUGUUAAACCUCCUGAACAGCGGAUUCAGAUAUCUGAAGAUUACCAGGCCUUUGAAAUCAACAACAACCACCAGAAGGAGUAUAUGUCCAGUUUACCACCGUUGCCUCCUUAUACCUCACUUCAGGGCAGUAUACAUCACAAUUCGUUAUUAAGGGCAGCAUCUAUAUAUGCAUAUCAUGACUUAGCUUCCAGUAAUACGUUACCUUUAUAUUUUCCACACAUAUAACUGUUAGAAAAUAAAUAUAAUUUAAUAUUA